AUGAGUAUCUACGACAGCCCACCGAACAUGCCCCAAUUGCGUUAUUUGUAUAAAAAUUAUGCCCUCCGUGGCGUUAAAGUUGCCGCAAUUACAGCCUCACUUCUCACUGCUGUGGUCACUUCGUACGUGUACAACAAGAAAGUGGUUAGUGUCCGCAAAUUUUUCGAGUAAGAACUGUGAAUAAUUUUGCCAAUUUUGCUUAAGGUCGUACGAUCCUGACCUAGAAUGGGAUCGGCUUCGGAAGUCUGGAAUCUUAAAAACCGUUGACAAGGAUGGGAACCCUAAAAACCUGUUUGAUUAG